UCUGUAGCUGCUGGUGUUUCCCUCCUAUAAUCAGCUCGCGGAGCGCUGAUUGGGUCGUUCGGAUUGAUGAAUGACAAUUUGUCAAAACUGGAUCAGUCCAUUUGGAAAGGUGUGCUGUCACAUGCUGUAUCUGCCAACGAAUCUUCUCCAUCUCAAGAGGGGAAAAGCUGAAAUGUAAAAAAAAAAGAUUCAGAAAACGAGCCUCGAUUUGAUUUUUGUAAAAAAAAAAUAUUACGAAGACGACGCAGCCGCAGCGUAAAAAAAAAUCCAUCUGGCAGAGAGUGGUACAAUCAAACGAGWCUGGGCUGGCUGUGAUAUUCACUUUUUCACGACUGAGAGAAACACAACACCGGGGGAAACAGAAGAAAAAACAGCUUUGAAACAAUUAACUCUCUGGGUUUUAUGUCUCCCGAAGAGUCUCCAAAAUGUCUACGAAGGCAGAGCAGUUUGCCUCUAAGAUACGAUACUUGCAAGAGUAUCACAACCGUGUGCAACACAAUAUUUACCCCGUGCCCUCCGGGACAGACAUUGCAAACACACUGAAAUACUUUUCCCAAACCUUGCUCAGCAUUCUGUCCCGCACAGGCAGGAAGGAGAACCAGGAAGCUUCCAAUUUGGCCGUGCCCAUGACCAUGUGUCUUUUUCCUGUGCCAUUCCCACUCACCCCAUCUCUAAGACCACAAGUCAGUUCCAUCAACCCUACAGUUACUCGCUCCCUCCUUUACAGCGUUCUGCGUGACGCCCCGUCAGACCGCGGGGGGCAGGGGCAGCAGAGUCGGGACGCUCAGCUCUCAGAGUACCCCUCUCUGGACUAUCAGGGCCUCUAUGUGACCCUCGUGACCCUGCUUGACCUGGUGCCCCUGCUGCAGCACGGUCAGCAUGAUCUGGGACAGUCUAUAUUUUACACAACAACAUGCCUCCUGCCCUUUCUCAGCGAUGACAUUCUGAGCACUUUGCCCUAUACAAUGAUCUCCACAUUAGCCACAUUUCCUCCGUUCCUCCACAAAGACAUCAUUGAGUACCUGAGCACGUCUUUCCUCCCCAUGGCUAUUUUGGGCUCCACUCGGAGAGAAGGAGGAGUACCGGCUUAUGUUAAUCUGUCGGCUUCAUCUAUGCUCAUGAUUGCAAUGCAGUACACCUCAAAUCCAGUUUAUCACUGUCAGUUGUUGGAGUGUCUCAUGAAGCAUAAACAGGAAGUGUGGAAGGACCUACUUUAUGUCAUUUCUUAUGGCCCGUCUCAAGUAAAACCACCAGCUGUGCAAAUGCUGUUUCAUUACUGGCCAAACCUGAAGCCACCAGGAGCCAUCAGUGAAUAUAGAGGGCUGCAGUACACUGCUUGGAAUCCCAUCCAUUGUCAACACAUUGAAUGCCACAAUGCCAUCAAUAAACCUGCCGUCAAGAUGUGCAUAGACCCUACUCUCUCCGUUGCACUGGGAGAUAAACCACCUCCUCUUUAUUUAUGUGAGGAGUGCAGCCAGAGGAUUGCCGGAGAUCAUCCUGAAUGGCUCGUUGAUGUUCUGCUGCCCCAAGCAGAGAUAUCUGCCAUUUGCCAGAAGAAAAACUGCAGCUCGCAUGUCAGGAGGGCCGUGGUCACCUGCUUCUCAGCUGGCUGCUGCGAGCGCCAUGGCAACAGGCCUGUCCGCUACUGCAAGCGUUGCCAUGUCAACCACCACAGCAGCGAGGUGGGGGCUGCGGCGGAGACCCAUCUGUACCAGACCUCGCCCCCUCCCAUCAACACCCGGGAGUGCGGAGCGGAGGAGCUCGUGUGCACCGUUGAAGCUGUUAUAAGCCUUCUAAAGGAGGCAGAAAUCUAUGCAGAACAGCGUGAGUUUGAGCUGAACAAGCGUCGUCAAAUGGGCCUGUCUGCCUCCCACCACUCUCUGGACAACAUUGAGUUUGACAACAAGGAGGAUGACCAGCAUGACCAGCGCCUCCUCAGUCAGUUUGGCAUCUGGUUUCUGGUGAGCCUGUGCACUCCCAAUGAGAACACGCCUACGGAGAGUCUGGCUCGUCUGGUUAGCAUGGUCUUCCAGUGGUUCCACUCCACGGCCUACAUGAUGGACGAUGAAGUGGGAAGCUUGGUGGAGAAGCUGAAGCCGCAGUUUGUCACGAAGUGGCUGAAGACAGUGUGCGAAGUGCGCUUUGAUGUUAUGGUCAUGUGCCUGCUACCAAAACCUGUAGAAUUUGCCAGGGUGGGAGGUUAUUGGGACAAGUCAUGCAGCACAGUGACGCAGCUGAAGGAGGGUCUGAACAGAAUAUUAUGUCUGAUACCUUAUAAUGUCAUCAGCCAACCUCUGUGGGAGUGUUUCAUGCCUGAGUGGCUCGAAGCAAUUCGAACUGAGGUCCCCGACAACCAGCUCAAGGAGUUUAGGGAGGUGCUCAGUAAGAUGUUUGAUAUCGAGCUGUGCCCCCUGCCUUUCUCCAUGGAGGAAAUGUUCGGUUUCAUCAGCUGCAGGUUCUCUGGCUACCCGGCGUCUGUGCAGGAGCAGGCUCUGCUGUGGCUGCACGUGUUGUCGGAGCUGGACAUCGUCGUGCCUCUUCAGCUGCUCAUCGGGAUGUUCUCUGAUGGAGUGAACUCACUGAAGGAACUGGCCAAUCAGAGGAAAGCACGCGUCUCAGAUCUGUCUGGCAACACCGCAGCUCGCAGAGUGAGUGUUGUGUCUGAUCCGGGCCGCCGCGGGCAGCACAACACCUUCAGCCCGUUCCCGAGCCCGUUCAGGAGCCCCUUCCGCAGCCCCCUGCGCUGCAGCCCUUUUAAGAACCUGGGUCACGCCGCCGGGAACUGCGCCCUGGACCUGGACUGUGACGAUGACGACAUGAACCUGGGCUGCUUUAUUCUCAUGUUUGACCUCAUAUUAAAGCAGAUGGAGCUCCAGGAUGACGGUGUGAUGCUGGGUCUAGACAGCAGCCUGGGGAAGGAUAUCGUGGGCAUCAUCAACAACGUCUUUCAGGCCCCCUGGGGUGGCUCGCACACCUGCCAGAAGGAUGAGAAGGCCCUUGAGUGCAGCCUGUGCCAAUCCAGCAUCCUGUGCUACCAGCUGGGCUGUGAGCUACUGGAGAGGCUGACCCCCCGGGAGGAGAUACGCCUGGUGGAGCCCACGGAUUGUUUGGAGGAAACUUUGCUCACGCCUCAAACUGAUUUCUCCCUCGGCACGGAGAUCGAAAGUGAAGAAGGAGACAACCCGAAUGAAGCAAACACCGAAAACCCCAACAACACGUCUCCUGACAUUACAUCCAUGAAAAAUAAUACUGACAAGAAGUUCUCCUAUCAGCAGCUCCCCGUGUCUUUGAAGCUUAUAUACACCAUUCUGCAGGAAAUGUCCAAGUUUGAGGAGCCUGACAUUCUGUUCAACAUGAUGAACUGUCUGAAGAUCCUGUGUCUCCAUGGAGAGUGUCUGUACCUCGCUCGUAAAGAUCACCCCCAGUUCUUAGCCUACAUCCAGGAGAAGAUGCUGAUCCCUUGCCUGUGGUCGAUGCUAAAGUCGGAGUUCUGCCAGCUGGCCUCUCUGGCUGUGCCGCAGCUCCUCCAUGCCCUCUCUCUGUCCCACGGGGCCGACAUCUUCUGGAGCCUCAUCAACACCAACUUCAACAGCAAAGACUGGAAGACACGAUUCGAAGCUGUUGAGAAGGUGGCCGUGCUGUGUCGCUUCCUGGACAUCGGUGCCGUGACCAAAAACCACCUGCUGAAGUACUCCUUGGCCCACGCUUUCUGCUGYUUCCUGGCCUCGGUGGAGGACGUCAACCCAUCGGUGGCCACCAGGGCCAGACUGCUGCUGGACACCAUCAAGAGACCCGCUCUGCAGGGCUUGUGCUUGUGCCUGGAUUUCCAGUUCGACACAGUUGUGAGGGAUCGACCGAUCAUCCUCAGCAAACUUCUGCUGUUGCACUUCCUCAAGAAAGACAUUCCCGCUCUUAGCUGGGAGUUUUUUGUCAACCGCUUCGAAACCUUAUCUCUGGAGGCUCAGCUGCAUCUGGACUGCAACAAAGAGUUCCCCUUUCCCACAACCAUCACCGCUGUUCGAACCAAUGUGGCCAACCUCAGCGACGCAGCCAUGUGGAAGAUACGACGGGCUCGUUUUGCCAGGAAUCAGCAGAAGAGUGUGCGUUCUCUGCACGACAGCGUGAAGGGAGGCCAGGCAGAGUCCAAACGAGCAUUUUCACUCCCAGAGUCGCUCAGCAACCGACUUCCUCUAAGGCUUACAAGGCAGGAGCAAUCUGCCCCGACACUUGGAGAUAUGAUAGAGAAGGUCCUGCCAGCGCGUUUCCUCCUGCACUUUAACCCUGACGCUUCAGCCCCUCUCGCAGGCCAGACUCCCUCCCCUGAAGACGACGCGACAAUCAGAGACCUGCUCCCGGAGAAUGCGGGCAUCGAUCACCAGACCGUUCACCAGCUGAUCAUGGUGCUGAUGAAAUUCAUGGCCAAAGACCAGAGCAGCGCCGAGGCUGACAUAAGCAGCGCCAAGGCCUUCAACACGGUGAAGCGUCACCUGUACGUGCUGCUGGGCUACGACCAACAGGAGGGCUGCUUCAUGAUCGCGCCUCAGAAGAUGCGCACCUCCACCUGCUUCAACGCCUUCAUCGCUGGCAUUGCACAAGUUCUGGACUACAAUAUUGGUUUAGGAAAGCAGUUACUCCCCCUGGUGGUCCAGGUGUUGAAGUACUGCGCUUGUCCUCAGCUGAGACAUUAUUUUCAGCAGCCGCCCCGAUGCUCUUUGUGGGCUUUAAGGCCACAUAUUCGACAGAUGUGGCUCAAAGCUCUGCUGGUUAUCCUCUAUAAGUAUCCUUACAGAGAAAUGGACAACAGUAAGCUGGUCCUCCAUCUGAUCCACAUCACCAUCAACACACUGAACGCCCAGUAUCACAGCUGCCGCCCGCACGCUGCGGCCGGACCGCUCUACAGCGACAACUCCAAUAUAAGCCGUUACAGUGAGAAGGAAAAAGAGGAAGACAGUGUGUUCGAUGAGUCAGACGUCCACGACACGCCCACUGGCGCUGCCAACAAAGAGUCUCAGACCUUCUUCGCCCGCCUGAAGAGGAUUGGUGGCAGCAAAUCUGUGAAGUACCAGCCAGUGGAGCUGAAUGCCAAGAGAAGUGAAAUUGAGCUGUCAGAGUACCGGGAAGCAAGUGCCCUUCAGGACAGCAUCCUGCACUGUGUGAGGGAGGAGAGCACCAGGAAGAAGCGGCUACAGGCUAUGCACAAGCAGAAGUCCCUAGACAUCUCCAACACAGAUUCCCUCCUUUUCAGUUUAGACGAACACCGACGAAAGUCUUGCAUUGAUCGCUGUGACAUGCAAGUGCCACCCGUGGUUCUGCCCCCGUCCUCCGCCACCUUCCGAAGGCAACAAGGUAAAGGGUCCUCCGACGGCUCCUCGGUUCGGGUUGAUCCUGUCGACCGGCGAGGCUCUCGAGGAGGCCAGUCCGACACGUCUAAGCCCGUCAUCCCAGAGGUCCGGCUCAGCUGCAUGGAGACCUUUGAAGACAAACUGGAGCAGAGCUCRUUAGAAGGGUCCGUACAGGAGAAAGAAGAGCAGGACCUCAUUGACCUCUCCUCCGACUGCACCUCAAUUCCUGAGAAACACUCCCUGCUUUCCAUGUCCGACAGCGACUCCUUGGUCUUCGAACCGCUGCCUCCGCUGAGGAUUGUGGAAAGCGACGAGGAGUUCGACCUUAACACCUUAAUAGGGUCCAAGUUCAACGGCAGCCCGAGGAUCUCGGCUUCCCCUGCGAGCAGCGACACUUUGAGGCUGUCUCCUGUGGUUCAGGUGAGCGUGGAGGACUGCUCCAGUGAAAAAAAGGACCCAGAAGCCGUUAACAAGGAGAGCUCACAGCAAKUAACCCCAGAAAAGAAACCCAGAGGUGUGACUCCCAGCGCCUCUCUAGACCUCCCUGAACGGCCGGAGAAUGUCUGCCACGAAAGCCCCAUGACCCUGAAACAGAAGAGAGAUCUGCUGAAGAAGACCCCACAUGUUCCCGACAGCUCUUUGGACGACACGUCUGUGACCUCUGAGGACGYGAGGACCGGGCCGGGCACAAGCCCCGCCGGCAAGACGGUUUUCCUGGACAUCCCAGAAAACAAGGCGGAGCCGCUUUCCUCUCCGGAGAAAGGCAAGAGUAACAGCAACGACGAAGAAGAGGACGGAGACGACGAGGACGAUGACGAGAUGGGAGACGAAGCGGACAGCGACCCCAAACCUGAAAACACGGACGACAACGAUGAAGCUGAGUUUAAGAUCCAGAUUGUUCCCCGGCAGCGAAAACAGAGGAAGAUAGCCGUCAGUGCCAUCCAGAGGGAGUACCUGGACAUUUCAUUCAACACUUUCGACAAGCUGGAGGGUGAACCAACCGAUGAAACCGAUCACAAGGUCAUGUCUGCRUUGGAAAAGCCACGAGAAUCUGCCUCGGCCCCGACACUCGAAGCUGGCUUGCCUGAAACCAGCCAUCGCUCCUCAGUAUCAACUCAGUACCGUCAGGUGAAACGAGGUUCUCUGGGAGCUCUGACGAUGAGUCAGCUGAUGAAGAGACAGCUGGAGCAUCAGUCCAGUGCACCACACAACAUCUGCACCUGGGAGACGGGUCCUACAAAGACAAGUCUCCUCUCGGCGCCGAGCACAGUCAGCAUGUUUGUCCCAGCACCUGAAGAGUUCAUCGACGAGCAGCCCACCACCAUGUCUGACCGGUGUCGGGACUGUGCAGCUGUGCUGGARGAAUAUGAUGAGGAGACUCUUGCCCUCGCUGUGAUCGUCCUCUCCAUGUUCAUCCACCUGAGCCCCGACUUGGCUGCUCCCAUGCUCCUCGACAUCAUGCAGUCUGUGGGCAGGCUGGCAUUCAGCAGCAAUUUCUCUGGACAAGCUGAGAGCGUGGCUGGCACGAACACGCUCCAUGUGAUGUUUCUCAGUAUGUUGAUCCCAGGAAAUGUAGCAGGUGUGGCCAAGCAGUUCCUCCGCUGUGUGUUUCACCAGCUGGCCCCAAAUGGUAUUUUGCCUCAGCUCUUCCAGAGUAACAUCAAAGAUGGGAGUUUUCUGCGAACACUCGCGACCUCUCUGAUAGACUUUAAUGAACUGAGCUCAGUUGCAGCUCUCAACAUGCUUCUGGAGGGCUUGAACAACAAAAAGAGCCUCCCAGCUGGGAGCACCAUGCUGCACUGCCUGGACAACAUCGCCUCCUUCAUGGAGGCUCUCSCCAUGGACUCCCCUAGCAACCUGUGGACGACCAUCUGCAACCAGUUCCAGACCUUCCUCGCCAAACUGCCCUCCGUGCUUCCUCUGAAGUGCCCGAUGGAUUCUAGUUUGCGGAUUAUUAUUUGUCUUCUAAAAAUCCCGACAAUAAACGCAACUCGGAGUCUCUUGGAGCCUUUCUCCAAGCUGCUGAGCUUCGUGAUCCAGUACGGCACGUUCAGCCUGUCUUACCUUGUGGAGCUUUGUGGACUGUGUUACAAAGCCUUCAACAAGGAGCGAGAUAAGUUCUACAUGUCCCGCAUUGUGGUGCUGGAGCUUCUGCAGGCGCUCAAGUUCAAGUCUCCUCUGCCUGAUACGAACUUGUUACUGUUGGUCCAGUUUGUUUGUGCAGACAUUGGCACGCGUCUAGCUGAAUCCACCAUCAUMCAGAAGCACAUGAUCUCGACGCUGCCGGGGUGUACAACAGCAGCGAUGGAAUGCAUGAGACAAUACACAAGUGAGCUCCUGGACUUCAUUGCAGAUAUGCACACUCUAACCAAACUGAAAAGCCAUAUGAAAGCGUGCUGUCAGCCACUCCACGAGGACACUUUUGGGGGAAACCUGAAAGUGGGCUUGGCACAAGUUGCAGCCAUGGAGAUCAGCAAAGGCAAUCACCGCGAUAACAAGGCUGUGGUCCGUUAUCUUCCCUGGUUGUACCAUCCACCCUCCACCAUGCAGCAAGGGCCAAAGGAAUUCAUUGAGUGUGUGUCCCACAUUCGUCAGCUGUCCUGGCUUCUUCUGGGCUCCCUGACGCACUGCGCUCUGCACCAGGGCUCCACCUCCUGCAUGCCCAUCCCUCUAGACGCUGGCUCCCACAUUGCAGAUCACCUCAUAGUCAUCCUCAUUGGUUUCCCAGAGCAGUCAAAGACGUCGGUGCUGCACAUGUGCUCUUUGUUCCAUGCUUUCAUGUUCGCUCAGCUGUGGACCAUCUACUGUGAGCAGGCGGCUGCGGCGCCGUCCCUGCAGAACCAGAACCAAACGGAGUUUUCGUCCGGCGCCAUCCUCACGGGCCUGGAAUUCUGGAGCCGGGUCACACCGAGCAUCCUGCAGCUCAUGGCUCACAAUAAAGUGAUGGUAGAGAUGGUGUGUCUUCAUGUCAUCAGUUUGAUGGAAGCCCUGCAAGAAUGCAACUCAACCAUCUUUGUCAAGCUAAUUCCAAUGUGGCUCCCCAUGAUUCAGUCGAACCUCAAGCAUCUGUCCGCGGGACUUCAGCUGCGCCUUCAGGCCAUCCAGAACAGAGUGAACCACCAGUGUCUGCAGGGCCAGACCGCCGGGGCUCCGCCCUUUGCCCUGCGCAAAUGGCUCCAGUGCACCCAGUUCAAGAUGGCUCAGGUGGAGAUCCAGUCGUCAGAGGCUGCCUCUCAGUUUUACCCCAUGUGACCUCCUCUGUGGUCCCUUCAUGCACCUGCCUUGACUGGACCCUGUGGGGUCUCCAGCACAAACUGAUGCUGUGGGAUUCAUUUGAACUUUCAGCACUUUCAGUAAAAUACUUUGUACAGUAAAUCUAUGCUAUUUUAAAGGACUUGGGUCAUCACGGAUAAAUAUGUUGAAACUGUUGUAUUUCAUAGAUCUGAAGCRUCAGAGGAUGAAUUUCUAUAAUCCCAUGUUAGUUGUUAAAUCUUAUACAUGCACAUACAUUCCUGUCACUUUUUAAGUUGCUUGCUUGCAAGCCAAAUAAUAAAAAUAACUUUUUUUUUCUAAA